AUGCCACCGCGUCCUAAGGGGCACUCCGCAGUAUCGGCUGUUUCGGGGCCGCAUGGCGGGCAGGCCAGCAUACGCAAAGCUUACGAGGCCCUCGGUGUGCAGCACUUUUACGCAUCGCACGGAUCCCAUUACACCAAUCCUCACGAGGCCCAGAUAUUUGCUGCCGUGGCACAACUACUUGAUGCCAUCCCCCCAGCUGUUUGGCUGGGGAUGCAUGACCUCGAGCCUGACGUAGCAGCCGAUGACGAUGACCAAGACGACAGCGACGAUGAAGGUUGUCGCAAUGCUGACAAGGCAUACGGAUUGGGAGGAGGAUGGUUGGGGCCUGCGGCUGCUGGCGGUAUGGCGAUGGCUGUGGGCGUUCCCGAGGUGAUGCCGCCUGUGCCGCUGAGAGUGCUGGAUCUGGCAUGUGGCUCCGGAGAGGCGACUGCCGCCAUCACGGACUGGAACCAGCGGCACCCACUGACGGCAGCAGCGGCGCCGGCCGCUGUCACCGGCUUCCUACCACCCGGACAGCACAAGGGUCAGCAGCCCCACCAAGGUGUCCAAGGGCGCGGCCAGCGGCGUUCUCAAUCGACGGCUGCGACCGUCCCCGUGCUGCUGCCGUACGAUCUGCACAUCACGGCCUGCGAUCCAUACACGGGCGCUGCAUACGAACAGCGCACGGGCCGCGCCGCGCUCCGAUGGUCCUUUGAGGACAUCGCAGAUGGCUGUUUGGCAGAUUGGGAGCCAGCAGACAUACAGACGGCCGCAGCGGUGGUGAUGCCGCCGCCGUCGUCGUCGUCAGAGACUGCCCACUCUGGUGGCCACUCUGAUUCCGUUGACCUGGUUGUUCCACCACCGCCGAUAUUGCUGUCACCACCACAGCGACUAUCCCCCGGGGGACCCCAUUUUGAUCUAGUCGUCUGCUCCUUUGCACUGCACUUGUGCGAUCCCAGCCGACUGUACGGUACCUGUACGGCAUUGUCCUUGGCAGCCCGUUGGUUGGCGGUUCUGGCGCCUCACAAGCGGCCAGUGCUCGGUCCCGAUCUUGGGUGGCGGUUGGUGGCGGUUAGGCGGGUGGAGCGUACCCACUUGCGGUUGUACAGGUCACUCAGGGUGGCGCACCCAGUGGUGGCGGAGACGGAGCCGGAGGCAGGAUUGUCGGCUGCAGGACCGGCAGUUUAA